AUUUUGGUCGGAGUGUGAGCGAGUCCCUUCCGUCCUUCGUUCAUCCAGCAGCGGCGGCGGUCGGUCGGUCGACUCGACAGCAACCGAGAGGAGGAUAAACAUGCACACAUAAAUAAACAAAGUGCUCCUGACCGCCAAACGGACUUAACGAUGACUUUCUAUCGCUUGGCUGUUUUAGUGGGAGCCUUGGUGUGCACUUGCGAUGGCGUGCACGUCACGGUGCCGGAGAAGCGGCAGUUCGCCAUGCUCUUCCAGUCGAUGGUCCUACCGUGUCACUACCAGACGUCCUCCACCCAGGCGCCGGUGGUGCAGUGGUGGUACAAGUCCUACUGCCACGACCGUACCCGUGACUCGUUCAAGCUGCCGCACCGCCCGGCUGCGCAGGCCUCGGAGCUGCCCGCCAAGUCCCACCUGGACUGCGCCGACAGCGGCCGCACGGUUCGGGUGGUGGCUUCGGCGCAAGGAUCCUCAAUGACGCUGGCGGAGCACUACAAGAACAGGGACAUCGCCAUCAUAAACAAAGCCGAGCUGCGCAUCGGUCAGGUGCAGUGGGGCGACAGCGGAGUGUAUUUCUGCAAAGUGGUCAUCGCCGACGACCUCGACGGCAAGGACGAGGCCCAGCUGGAGUUGCUGGUGCUAGGCAGGACAUCGCAGCAAGCCGAUAUCCUACCUGAGUUUGAUGUGGAGAUGAUGCCAGAGUGGGCGUUCGUAGGCUGCGUGGCGCUAGGCGGCAUCUUGUUCCUGCUGUUUAUGGGCAUCUGCUGGUGCCAGUGUUGCCCGCACUCCUGCUGCUGCUACGUGAGGUGCUGCUGCUGCCCCGACACCUGUUGCUGCCCCCGGCACCUAUACGAGGCCGGGAAGAAGGCGAAGAGCGGGCUGCCCGCUCAGAUGCCCGUAUAUCCCUACUACAUUCCCGGUGUUCCCACUAUGGUGCCUCUCGCCCCUUCAUCCCGCAUGGAGCCAAAGCUCACCUCUAUUGCCUCCGUCCCCUCGAUUGCCUCUAUCCCCUCGGUAGAAAAUAACCUGGCUGGAGUACGCAGCGGUUAUCAUCUGAAAGCCGUUCAGGACCACGGGGGCUCUGAGAAAGUUCUGUACUACAUAGAAAAGGAGCUGGCUCAGGUUCCCUCUGCCAGGCUUGCUGCACUCCAACCUAGUAGCCUGUCAGAACUCAGUUCUCUCCAUGAGGGAGGAAAUGCAGAUUUCAGACACACCUACCACACCGUCCAGAUGAAGGCGCUGCCGCCCAUCGCCGACGCCGACGAUCAGUCGCUGCCAAGAGCGGCUCCGCCGGCACAGAGCAGCAGACGCAGGCGGGAACGAGACAACCGCUCUGACGAUGAACUGGACAGGAGGUGGAACGCUCGCUCGGAGCACCUCCAGAGAAAGACUUUGAGCAGGAGGGGCCGCGCCGGCUCGCUGGAUGAGCUGGAGGAAUUCGCACAGUCGUACGAUUCCCGUAGCCGUCGGGCCGAGCAUCCGCACGUACGGGAGUGCAGCCUUCCGAGACGUCGCUACAGAGAUGAAGACGACGGCUGGGAUCGUGCAAGUCCCUUGCCUUUACCCCAGAAGAGAAGGGGCACGUGGGACGGCGAACUCGCCUCCCGACCGCCCCGUCACAGGGACUACGAUGGCGACUUCCUCAGCCGAGCGAUGGAGAGCAAAGUCGGCGCGAGGCCGGAUGAGGACAGCGACACGCCCUCCAAAGGCAGCUCCAGAGGCAAGGGCGGCAACAGCUCCUACAGCCGCUCGCCUAGCCACCGUCCAGAAGAGGAAGACCCUCUGCCUCCGUACUCGGAGCGCGAGGCGGAACGCUACCGCCGGACCGGCCUGAGCCCCGACUGGCACCGUCCCGUUGAUUCUGUCAGAACGGAGCGGUUUGACGCCUCCGAGCCUGCCGUGAGGCCUUUGUCGUACAUGCAGCCCCAGCAGGCGAUGUCCCUCCCGCCACUGGAGAAAGAUAGGCGACGCAACCUGAGCACAGCACUGAGCAGGAACACUCUCAUAGUGUGACCAUAGCUUCACCACCCAUCCUGUUGGAGCUAACUCCAUCCAUUCCACUGUGCAGUAUGCACCAGAUUAAUGACUCGGUAUAGACUGGAGGGACUUUUGCUCGCGCCUCACCAGUGACGCACUUUUAUUAUCACAACCGUGCAACUCAGGUUCAUUUGUUUCAUUUUUUUGUAUUCUUGUAUAUGUCUUUCUAUUUGUAAACACUGAACCUUGCAAUUGUUCUGCAGAAUUUAUUUGCUCUCUUCAAAUAAAAAACACCGGUAUUGAAUGA